AUGCCGGCCAACAACGAAAACCCAGAUACUGAAGAAGGCUUCACUGGCAUCGGAGCCACUGCGACUGACGGUCCUGGAACUUCAGCCAUGAACAGUUUUAUCUCCUCCCUUCAAAGUGAAUUCACUCAAACAACACGUACCAAUCGAGGCUCGUCAACUACUGAUGCGAGCGCUACGACCACCGACAUCAACGGUGCCUCUACUUCCGCUCCAGGAACAACACUCAGUACCGUGACCACUGGUGCUGGCAAUUCUGCCACUACCAGUAUAAGCGGCAACGCAUCCAGCACUGCGGGCAACGCAGCCAGCAACACCAGUGACGGCGCUGUCACCGUCUCAGAAAAUUCCUGCAAUAGCAUAUCAUGCUCCUCCGCCCUCAAGGCCGCCAUCGCGGUUCCUAUCGUCGUGGCAGCCAUCGCAGCGGUACUCUUGUUCCUAUUUUGUGCUAGAAAGAGGAGGAAGAACAAAGGUGCUGGGGCAUCUCUCUCGGAGAAGAAACCUAAAAAGGCCGGAAAAAAGUGGUCUCGACAUUUGCGAGCUUUCUCUUUUGACGCCGAACUCCUCAUGGGUGGUCGUUUCUCCAGCAGCAACAGUAUUCGAAGCCGAGAUCCAAGUGUUCGGAGUGCAAAUAAUAAUUCCCGCAAUGGUGCUCACAGUACAGAGCCCAGUCUACACAGCAUCGACGAGGUUGCUCCGCCCUACAGAGAUGCCAUCGCGGGCUCUCAGCCAGUUAAUCCCAGCCCUCUUCGGCACGUGAACCCAGCCAUCGCCGGCGCACCAGAUCCGAUCCCACGCUCAGUGUCAUCUGCCACAGCACCACCUCCAUAUCAACCAGCUGGUAGAGAUGCAGAUCAUCCAACAACUCCAACUUCGAUCAGAAACCCUUUCGCAGACUCGACACCCGUCAGUCCUAUCGAUGGAUCACCUUUCAAUGAUCCCCCAGAUGGUGAAGAAGCCGCUGGUGCAGUUCGACCCACCCUCAGCCGUGGUUCGUCAUUAUACCAGAGCGUAAACGCUGAUGACGCUUCAGAUGUUGCGAGUAUUGGGCAGGCCCAGGUCGGUAGGAGUGUUUCAGUCAGACAAGUUGGUGUUGAUGGAAGCAACAGCAGCCGAUAA